CAUGUCUUCUGGUGUUGUCACAAGGACCUUCCUGAGGACUGCCCCAUCUUUCCACAUGGCUCCUUUCCAGUUUUCAAGUCUGUGGGGAAACAACGAUGAACUGGCCAUUCUCCUAUGUGUAGGCCUUUUCCUUCUCAGCUGAAAUAGACAAGGAUGAGUCAGCUUCUUCCAACCUCCAGCAUCUCGCAGUCCUCCCGUGACUCAGAGGAUGGUCUGUUUAAUGGGUGACUACCAGACCCUAAUGGUUGAUGGAGGCACACGUUUGGAAUGAGCUUGGAUCUUUGAAUCACUAUGUGAAGGAAAGCCAUUACAAAAUGGAAAUACCUCUUUAUUAUGUGGGUUCCUAGGAGGCGAGUACGGACGGUAUGCAAAGUUGUGAAUCCAGUGGCGACAGCGCGGAUGACCCUCUCAGUCGUGGGCUACGGAGAAGGGGACAGCCUCGCGUGGUGGUGAUCGGUGCUGGGUUGGCUGGCCUGGCUGCAGCCAAAGCACUUCUGGAGCAGGGCUUCACGCAUGUCACUGUGCUUGAGGCUUCCUGUCACAUCGGAGGCCGCGUGCAGAGCGUGAAACUCGGACACGCCACCUUUGAGCUGGGAGCCACCUGGAUCCAUGGUUCCCAUGGGAAUCCCAUCUAUCAUCUAGCAGAAGCCAAUGGCCUCCUGGAAGAGACAACUGAUGGGGAGCGCAGUGUGGGCCGCAUCAGCCUAUAUUCCAAGAAUGGUGUGGCCUGCUACCUUACCAACCAUGGCCACAGGAUCCCCAAGGACGUGGUUGAGGAAUUCAGCGAUUUAUACAACGAGGUCUAUAACUUGACCCAGGAGUUCUUCCGGAAUGGUAAACCAGUCAAUGCUGAGAGUCAGAACAGCGUGGGGGUGUUCACCCGGGAGGAGGUGCGCAACCGCAUCAGGAAUGACCCUGACGACCCGGAGGUCACCAAGCGCCUGAAGCUCGCCAUGAUCCAGCAGUACCUGAAGGUGGAGAGCUGUGAGAGUAGCUCCCACAGCAUGGACGAGGUGUCCCUGAGCGCCUUUGGGGAGUGGACAGAGAUCCCCGGUGCCCAUCACAUCAUCCCCUCCGGCUUCAUGCGGGUUGUGGAGCUGCUGGCCGAGGGCAUUCCAGCGCAUGUCAUCCAGCUGGGGAAACCCGUCCGUUGUGUGCACUGGGACCAGGCCUCGGCCCGCUCCCGGGGCCCUGAGAUUGAGCCCCGGGGCGAGGGUGACCACAAUCACUACGCCGGGGAGGGCGGCCAGGGUGGAGAGCAGCCCCGGGGUCCCGGGCGGGACGAGGACGAGCAGUGGCCGGUGGUGGUGGAGUGUGAGGACUGCGAGGUGAUCCCGGCGGACCACGUGAUCGUGACCGUGUCGCUGGGCGUGCUCAAGAGGCAGCAUGCCAGCUUCUUCCGGCCAGGCCUGCCCUCCGAGAAGGUGGCUGCCAUCCACCGCCUGGGUAUCGGCACCACCGACAAGAUCUUUCUGGAAUUCGAGGAGCCCUUUUGGGGCCCCGAGUGCAACAGCCUACAGUUUGUGUGGGAGGAUGAGGCGGAGAGCCGCACCCUCACCUAUCCGCCCGAGCUCUGGUACCGCAAGAUCUGCGGCUUCGACGUCCUCUACCCGCCCGAGCGCUACGGCCACGUGCUGAGCGGCUGGAUCUGCGGGGAGGAGGCCCUCGUCAUGGAGAAGUGUGACGACGAGGCGGUGGCCGAGAUCUGCACGGAGAUGCUGCGGCAGUUCACAGGGAACCCCAACAUUCCCAAACCUCGGCGAAUCCUGCGCUCUGCCUGGGGCAGCAACCCCUACUUCCGGGGCUCCUAUUCGUACACACAGGUGGGCUCUAGUGGGGCAGACGUGGAGAAGCUGGCCAAGCCCCUGCCGUACACAGAGAGCUCCAAGAUGGCGCAAGGAAGCUCCUCAAAGCAGCAGCCCGGUCACCUUUUAUCUUCCAAGUGCCCAGAACAGUCCCUGGACUCUAAUAGGGGCUCCGUAAAGCCCAUGCAGGUGCUGUUCUCUGGUGAGGCCACCCACCGAAAAUACUACUCCACCACCCAUGGUGCUCUGCUCUCUGGCCAGCGCGAGGCAUCCCGUCUCAUCGAGAUGUACCGAGACCUCUUCCAGCAGGGGACCUGAGGGCCCUCAUCACUACCAAGCGUGUUCCUUAAAGAACCACUAACUCGUGACUGCCCCUUGCUGCCAUGUGCUCCUAAUUUCCUAAUUCUCUGUAGAAUGGAUAUGUAUCUUUUGUAGAGCUAGACACCCUGACUAGUUUCACCCUGGCCCUGUAGCUUUUCCUUUUCUCUAUGCCAGGUGGCGACCAGGGUGGGGCUAUUGAUUUACCUCUGUGCUCUGACCUCUGACCUUCCCAUGCCUCCCCUCCCUCCUUGUUAUUGUAAGUGCCUUCAAUACUUUGCAUUUUGGGGAUAAUAAAAGAAGCUUGCCCUUCCUGA